CCGCCAAGAGGGAAACAAGAAGAGGGCUCCUCCACCCACCAGGCUUGGCCCUUCAUCUUUUCGACCAUACUAGAAAACCCUGCGACCGCAUCCCCUCUCACGUUUCUUUUCCACUCUUAUCCGUUUCUUCGUCGCUAGGGUUUGCUUUUGUCGCUUCGGCUUGCGGAAAACGUAGGGCCUUCUCCGGCCAUGGACGCCCAGAGAGCUCUGCUCGAUGAACUCAUGGGGGCAGCUCGAAAUCUCACGGAGGAGGAGAAGAAAGGGUACAGGGAGAUCCACUGGGACGAUAAGGAGGUGUGUGGUCCGUUCAUGGUUCGAUUCUGCCCUCACGAUCUGUUUGUGAACACGAAAAGCGAUCUUGGACCUUGCCCUAAAAUCCAUGAUCUGAAGCUCAAAGAGAGUUUUGAGAAGUCUCCUAGACAUGAUUCUUAUGUCCCCAAGUUUGAAGCAGAGCUUGCACAGUUUUGUGAGAAACUGGUGAUGGACUUGGACAGAAAAGUUAAGCGUGGUCGAGAACGGCUAGCACAGGAGGUGGAAGUACCACCUCCUACUCCAAUCCCGGCUGAGAAAUCCGAGCAGCUCUCGGUGCUAGAAGAGAAAAUAAAAAAACUAUUAGAGCAAGUUGAGACUUUGGGUGAAUCUGGCAAGGUUGAUGAAGCUGAGGCACUCAUGAGAAAGGUGGAUAUGCUGAACAAUGAGAAGACAGCCUUGACCCAAUCAUCAAAUGACAAAGUGAUGAUGCUUCCACAAGAGAAGAAGAUGGCACUUUGUGAGAUUUGUGGCUCGUUUCUGGUAGCGAAUGAUGCUGCUGAGAGGACCCAGUCUCAUGUAACUGGAAAGCAGCAUGUUGGUUAUGGGAUGGUGAGAGAUUUUCUCAAUGAGUUCAAGAUUGUGAAGGAAGAGACAAGGGAAGCAGGGAGACUGGCAAGGGAGAAGGAAGCAGAAGAACGGAGAAAACAGAGGGAAGAGUAUGAGAAAAGGGCUAGAGGGAAUGAUAGAGAGAGGUAUGCAGAGCGGGAUCGAGACCGUGAUAGAUAUCGAGAACAGAGCUCUGAAAGAGAGAGAGCUCAUGAGCGUAGUGGAAGAGGGAGCAGAGAUGGUGGGAGAGGAUCAGAUUGGAGGCAUGACCAUUACAGAAGUGGAAGGGAGUGGGAAAGGGAGAGGUAUCGGGAUAGAAAUGGGGUUAUGCCACGGGAUAGGACUCGUGGAAGGAGCAGAUCCCGUUCUCCUGUCCGGCAUGGAUAUAGGAGGUCAUCGAGAAGCCCAGUUCGGCCAUAUUAACUAGUAGUUUGGAUAAUUUAUUUCAAGUUCUGAGACUGAAGAGCUCUGUUGACAUCAUACCAUCUUCCUAUUAAAGGGAAACAGUUGAGGUAGGUAUAAUUAUCCUUCCAGCCUUUUCUUGCAAACUAAUGUUUCGAGUGGUGCUGUGCUGCUAUGAUUCUUCUUUGUAUAUAUGUUUGUACUUGAGGAUUAUAUUGGGUGUCAGCAUUUUCUUGUCUUUAUUAAGAUGACAGAUCCAAAUCCAAAUCAUAACAUGAAUGAUGGGGCUUCUAUUGAAGGUGAUGAUUGUUAAUCCACAUAUAGAAGGUAAUACAUGAUCUCCAUUUUUUUUUCAAAAAAGAAAUGAUUUACCGCCAUAGCAAGAUUACUUUUAUUGAUAUUUGGGUAUUUAUCUUUUUUUUAUUAUUAUUUCUAGCUAGGAUGUUGCCAUCUCAUUCUUAUCCCCAACUGGCCAUGCCCUGGGAAAUAGAUAUUGCAAUUAUUCAUGAAAAAUAGUAUAGGAUGCCGGUUUAAUUAUUGUUAAUUUUUCUUGAAAAAGAAAUUCUUUAUCACUUUUGUCAUAUAUUUGUCAUCUUUAUUAACAUUUUUGAAUCUGCUCGCAACUGUGAAAUUUUCAGAUUUUAAGAUAAAUACACAAAAUUCAUAAUCAUCACCUCAAGAAUUAACUGUUCGCCCCGGUGGCAAUAUUGCUACCUACCUUGCUUUCCCCCCCUCUGUUUCCCUUAGUCACUUGAACAGGGUUUGGCUGCUGGCUGUGAGCAUGCCAGCGAAAUUAUGUCAGGAUGAUGGGCUCUGACACCAAAAGGUGUGGAUUUAUUACCAUAGCCUGUGCUUAUGAACAGGGAACCUGCACCAAGAUACGGAUUCACUUAGUUUUGGAAAGGAGCGUCCAAGGUAGUCAUCCAAAAAUACUAAAAGAUGGGAGCAAUUUGACAUCAUCCAAGUUCCCAAAUACUGAAGUUUCUAUCUCUUUGUAGUAAACGCGGACUAAGGAUCGGUAGUUGAUAUUUUGUUGCCAACCUUGAUGAUGAAAAAAAAUUGUAUGGUAAAAUCAGAGGUGGCAGCGGUGGCAUACAGAUGUCCAGCCAGCAUAGCUAUUGUAUGUGUGGGCAGUUUGUUGAUUAAUGAAUUGCUGCUCCUUCAGUCUCAGCUGGCUGCUUUAACUGUGAUCGUUAAUAAUUGCUGAAAGACUAAUCGUCAUUUGAUUAUACAAUUGUCUUUGUGGA